AUGUCUGGCACGGCCGCUGCAGUUUCCUCCACCGAUGCUGUGACGUCGCCGUCCAGUGGGAAUGCAGCAUGGGACUACGCCGUGCCUUUGGGACAAGAGCAAAAUAACGAUCGACGCGCUUCAAACGAGUCGAGCAACACCCACGCCAAAUCCACCACCUAUCGCCAUCGAACCCCAAACGGCUAUCCCCGGUCUCGCAACUCGUCGCAGCCUGGCUCGCGGAGGGGCAGCAAUACACACGACUCUCAUGGCCGGGAUAUAGGACCUGCGUUGAACAAACAACUUGGAGACGUGCAGAGCAAUGGACAGCCCCCCCGAAAGAGCGAAGCGCCGGCCAAGGCCCCAGGCCCAGGCGAGAGCAGUUGGAUCCACCGAGACAAACUGGCACGUAUUGAGAGCGAGGAGCUGCAACAGGCCGCCAUGCGGAUCCAUCGUCAGGUGCGUACCGGUAGCAAAUCGAGCAGCAUGCGUGGCCGUAGCCAUGAUUCGCACAGUCUGAACGGCACCGUCGCCACGCCGCCAGAGCAAACAGACUCCUGGCAGAGGAACCAGCUGGAUUCGCCUAUCCCGCUGGAAGACUAUGGUGAAAACGAAAUCGAAUCGGAGCGGAUGACUUGGGACCUGCGUCGACCUGAAGAAAUUGCCGCAGCCUCUUCUCCGGGAGACCUCAAAGGGCCCGGCCUCAAAAAGAGCUCCUCUCGUAUUCCCGUGCUCGCUUCAAGCCCGCACCGUGCAUCUCCAGACGAUGCCGACUAUGACUUUUCCGAUAUGCAGCGCCCACGGACUCGCACAGUGGGCAGUGGAGACGAAUAUGGGAAUUACUUUUCCCACAGUCGCAGAAACAGCGAAUCUGCCGUUGUCGACUCCCCAGAUGCCUCGCCCCAACCGGCGGACGACACCACACCUUCAUUAGCAGCAGCAUCAUCAAGCCGGCCUGGUAGCCGGGGUAACCCGCUUGGACAAGCGUCUCCAACAAGGAAGACGCCUGCAAAGGGCACGUCGACGGCUCGAAAGACCUCGGUGCCGCCAAACAACCGCAAAGCAUCGAACAGCGUUACCAAGUCGCGGACGGUCUCGAGCAGCAAUGCGAAUAAAGAACAACCACGGCCGACAACGCGAUCUGGCGAGCCGCGUCCGUCGACAUCGGCCAAUCGUCCCGAAGGCGACCCCCCGUGGCUGGCCACCAUGUAUAAACCGGACCCUCGACUUCCUCCUGACCAGCAAAUCUUGCCAACGCAUGCAAAGAAAAUGCAACAAGAGCAAUGGGCCAGAGAAGGUAAAACCCCGUCAACAUACGACCGCGAAUUUGCACCGCUUGCCGUCCGGCCAGAUGAUCCGCCACCGCCGCCUCCGCCAGCAGACUCGGAGAAACCUACGCCAUCCUUGCCUGUGGAGAGCCACGAGUUCACACCUACCUGGCCACUGCAGUCCUCGAGAAGUCCCGAGCCGGGCCGUCCGGGGACAAGUGGUACAAACUAUAGCACGAUGCCCAAGCUACAAACGGCACCACCGGUUGUCCUCUCGGUAUCUCAAACACUGCAACCAAACUUUCCGCCGCCGCCGCCUGAAGAGCCUGAAAAAGUAGACAAGGGGUGUGGACUGCUUACCCCCCCCAAAGCACUCCUUUUUCGAUCCUAUUCUCUCUCGCCCACCAUUUCAUACUUUAAGCGUCUGUUUGGCAGCUUUACCGCUCGCCCCAUCUCGCCAAAUACAAUGUCUUCUGCAAAGGAUAAGGCGCAGCAGAUUAUCAACGAUAAUGCUGUUGUCGUCUUCUCCAAAUCCUACUGCCCUUACUGCAGAUCGACAAAGUCGCUGCUGAGCAGCCUCGAUGCGCAGUUUUACUCGCUAGAGCUGGAUCAGAUUGACGACGGCGCUGCUCUCCAAGACGCGCUCCAAGAAAUCACAAACCAGCGCUCCGUGCCCAACGUCUUUAUCAAGCAAAACCACAUUGGCGGAAACUCGGAUUUGCAGGCGAUCAAGGAUCAGCUGCCGCAGUUGCUCAAGGAUGCGGGUGCUUUGUAA